AUGGCUGAUCGAACAAGUCGCCUACUCCGAAAUAUCGCUCACACAAUCCUCCUAGCAUCAAUUGUACAAGCGAAUAUUUGGACAGUCGAUAUUGACAAUGGACCAGCACCGUCCCCUGAAGACGGACCUCCACUCUCUGCUCAUGCUUCUCGCAACCCGGCGUUGCUUGCUGGUCAGAUCUGUGGAAUCAUAGGCGCUUAUCUGGCGACCGUGUUUAUUCUGGGGAGCCUUCUUCUGACCGUCGGACGAAGCAUGCGGCGAGUUGCUCUUUCGGCAUAUCAUUCGGCCUCUACAGAAAUGGUCAAGCCGACGAUCAAACAAUUCGACGACUCGCCAUUGAGCCCUCACUCCCAACGUUCCUGGUACAGUCCUCGACGUCUGAAGAAAAAGCGCAGUAUGCAGGGCAGUACGAGAACAGUCAGCAAUCCAGGUAGUCCAGCUGUGCAAAGCAUCGCAUCGUUUGAUCCGGGUGUGAUAGAGGCAGAUAGAAUGGCUAGACAGCAAGAGUUGGAACAUCUCUAUGCAGCGGCACUGGCACAAGAAGCAGCAAAAUCGCGCACAACGAUCACAGAGGAUGAGGUUGUGCCAGCGGGGCCUGCCUCAUCUCGGUCCAGACGGCAACCUCCAAGGCUCUUGACAUCGGCUCCUGCUCUUGCUCAUCUUCACUUGCAUGACUCUCAGGUCAGCCCUGUGUCUCCGAGAAGCCCGAUUCGAGCCAUCUACCCUCCUCGCUCUCCUCGUUUCCAGCCAACAUCGCCUAUCUCGCCCCUGCCGCCAGAUUACGGACCACCGACCUCUCCCAAACCGCGUAUGCCAAAUUCUCCAGGCGCAGCAUCGACGCGUACACGUACGUCUUCCUUUGGUUCCCAGGCUGAUGGUAAACGUCCUCGAAAAGGACUUCGUAACCUACGUAUCCAGCAUCGUCAUUAUCCGAGUGAGGUAUCAGACGAGGAAGUGCGCACACCUUUAACUCCACGCUAUUACACGGAUCCGGGUAUCCCACCAAGUCCACCACCGAGGAGCGAGGCACCCACUACACCUGGAACUCAUGACGGCUACGGCACACCAGUUGAUGUCAGAGACUUUGACGAGAUCAGAGCCAUGCCACGACCCGAGCCACAGCGAGCUGGUAGUCAUCAAUACGAAGUCCCUCAGGUCGACGGAAGUGCUUCAAGGCAGAUGGAACUCAGACUUGAUACUGCAGUCUUAGGUGGUCGCAACAUCAACAACAGGACACCUUCGUCAAACAUCUCUGUAUCGACGCUUGGGACAUUACCCUUCCGUGCAAUGGCACAUCCAGAUGGCCUGCCAUUGCCGUCUCCAGGUCUCGUUACGAGGACUACGUAUCUCGAGCGGCGUCGCGACAUGUUGAGUGCUCCUCGUACGGGCAUGGCUACACCAUAUAGCCCUUACAUGCCCUUCACUCCCAUAACUCCAGUGACACCUCAUCUCACAAGCAGAGCAGAGAGAAGACAACGUGAAAGAGAUCAAGGAAGACGCGCUCCAGCGGCACAAGAUCAAGUCAUUGACGAGGAGGAGAUGUGGGGGAGUGGUUACUGA